AACUCAUUCAAAUUCCAAAGACUAGAUUAGUCUUGAUCACCUCUAGGAUAAAAAAACCUUAAACCCUCCGUGGACACCGUUGGUCAUGGCUCCAGCCCACUACUGCUAGUUCUAAUUCUCUCAAAAACCAGAGAAAUCAAACAAAACAAAAAAGAGCCCCAAAAAAAAAAAAAACUGCUUCUAACAACAAUGGAGAAACGUUUAAAUUUGUUAGAUGAAGCUCUUGAAAUAUUCAACGACAACUCAUGUUCAUCUUCACUACCAAGAGGAAGUUGUGUUCUAAUUGAAGAUAGCGUCGAAACAAGCGGUGCGUUCGUGAUACACCACAUCCUCAAACGCUCUCUCUCUCCUCAUUCCUCUACCACCGCCAUUUUAAUCUCUCUUUCUCACCCUUUCUCUCACUACGAUCGCAUUCUCCGCAAACUCGGUUGCAACCUGGCUGCUCACCGUGAAAACAGGAGGUUUUUCUUCUUUGACAUGCUUAUGCUAGGAUCCACAGACCAAAGCAAGGAAAACAUACAUAAUGGUGGACUGAUUGAGUUGUAUGGGAAGAUCCAGAAAGCUGUCGAAGACAUUACCUCGAAUAGUGGAAGCAGUAAAUGUAUCACUAUUAUACUUGAUGAUUUUUCCCUCAUUGAGGUGGCUGCCAAGGGUUCUUUCAAUCAUAGCUUGGACUUUCUGCGAUAUUGUUGCACUUUGACUUCAGAAGCUGGUUGUUCCCUUGUGAUCCUUAACCACGAGGAUAUCUAUUUUGGAGAGGAAAGUUCAACACCCAUGCUACAGAUGGAGUAUUUAGCUAACAUAUUAAUUAAAGCCGAACCAUUGGCAACUGGCCUGGCAACUGAUGUUCAUGGACAGUUGACUGUUUUGAACAAAGGAAUGCGUGACCAAUCUUGGAGUCCAUCAAACAAGGUACAAAAUUUCCACUUUAAACUUAAGGAAAACGGUGUUGAGUGCUUUUAUCCAGGGACUCGGGCUUGAAGAGAGCAUCAGAAACUAGCCGGCUAACCCUAAGGAUGCACCCUCCAUGCUUCGUUCUGCCUUACAUGAGACUCAUCUCAUAAUGUUAAGAGGCUCUUAAGCCUUCAAGUGUAAGAUGUAAAUUUGUUUCAUGAAGUUCAGCACUCAGCACAAUGCCUUUAGUAUUUGGUUCAGAAUAUUCAAGUCUUUGGUGGGUAAAAUAUUUGGGGCUUUGAGCUACGUAACUUCUUGCAUAUUUUAGAAUUAUUGUAACUUCUAGAGUUAUUAGCUACUCAACUAAAGUUUUGCAAUCAAGAGAUUGUAAGCAAUUAAGAAAGUGUAACAAUUAACAUAAUGCGGAUCUGUUAUAGAAAUAUAACUUAUAAGGAAUCACUUUUUUUUGUCCCA